GGUUUCGAGCAUGUGGGUUUCGAGCAAGUGGGUUUCGAGCAAAUGGGUUUCGAGCAUGUGGGUUUCGAGCUCGUGGGUUUCGAGCAAGUGGUAUGCGACUGGUUAUCGCACUGCGAGGACACUCUCAUGGUCAUUAUUCCAGAGACUACGGGCAAAACGACCAGGACAUUUACCGUUAAGUUUAGACCGCUUACAAAUACCAAAUUUAUUCGCUUUAUGUAUUACGUCGAGUACUUUAAACCACUGAUAAGUAGCUCCAAAACCGAAGACACGAUAUCAUUUGAAUUGGAGAAUAUUUACCUUGUUGAUGAUAAAUAUGUCGGUGAUAAGUGUGAGAUUGAAAACCUAUGCAAAACCAAUAGUUGGGACAAAGUAGGUACUCGUUACGUGCCAAAGGCUGAUAAAAAUGCGCUCAGGGUGGAUUUUGAUACAGUCGAUGCCGAUAUUUAUCGCAUUUGCAUAGAAAUUCUAUACGACAAUAAAAAUGGUGAAGAUCUCAAAUUAAAUCUGAACUAUAUCCCUGGUGAAACCAACCCAACCAAACAGACACUGAUACAAAAUGUUGCCCUUGAUAAUAACAAAAACGUGGUGGAGCAAUCGAAACAAAUUGACAAUGGCCAUGUUCAAUUAAUUGUGCCACCGCAAAAUGAUGCCAUCAAAAUGUUCAAGAUCAUAUUUGAAAUAACGUAUAAACUGCCGUCUACUGACCCGCCCGCUGUCAGUAUCGAUAUAGAAAUAACAUUUAGACUGUUGCACCUUGGUGAUCCCUGUGUUAUUGACCAAUUGGAAUCGCAGUACACCCGGUGCGCGAACAAGGGUGUUUGCACAGGCACUGCACCCGCAGUGUUUACUUGCAAGUGUGAUGAUCACUAUCUGGGCGAUGAUUCGCUGCCAACAACUAAUAAAGAUACCAAAACAUGUAUUGUGUCGGAAACGGAUGCGAAAGUGUACCAGUGCAAUUGUCCUCGUACUGAUUUCCAUUGGGCAACAAAUGGUGAAAAAUGUGUACGCAACAGCUACACCACUCGAGGUGAAAUAUGUUACGGCACAAACUGUCCCAUAUUUGACGCUCAGGUGUUGCCCUUUACGCACAAAGAUCUACCGGUGUUUACCGAUGAUAAGCCCAUAGUCGGCACCGUUUACUACUCGGACAAAAGCAAUGAAAAACUAACUCUGGAGGCCGACGUCGACAAAGAUGUUUGCGUUAAACCCCUGUCCUAUCAAAUCACCAAAACGUCAUCCUUAGGGAUCAGCGCCGGCGACAUGAAUCCCAUUGCGUUUAAAACAACUUUAUUUAACGGCGUUAAUGACUGGUUUGAUAGCACCAGCGCUGAUGUAUGUCUGAGCCAUUUGACUCCCGGUGCGGACAAAAAUCAUUUAACACUUAAAUCAGUUGUCGGAGACAACGGUUUGGUUGCCGUAAAGUGGACUCAAUUAGUGACCGGCGAACGGAAAGCCAAAGACCCGCUUAAAUAUCUGACCCAUUGGUUUCAUGUAAAUGAUAAGGACUUUAAUUUUGAGACUCAGUGGCCGGUGAGCGAUUGGAUCGAUAGACCUGAGGGUAAAUACAACUUGAGGUUUGCAUUUACUGACAAAUCUAAGACUCCGUAUUCAUUGCAACCGAUUCUGUUCGACAAUAAUAUGAAACAAAUAAAUCUUCAGUUAAUCGAUGAUGGCCCUGCUAAAGACAAAACUGGGAAAGUAUACUGUGCAAUUCCUGCUGUCGAGGCAGAGAGCUGCACACCAUUAUUGGACAAUCGGUUUAUGUGCGAAUGUAAAGCCAAUCGAUAUUGGGACUUCAAAGAUUUCACUGCGGAUGCGCCCACUUGUGUCUGUUCCGCCGGUUAUAUCAACCAAAUCAUAGAUCAGCCGAACGUCGAGAUUGAUUGUGUACCUGAAAAUCCAUGCAAUAAGGGGCCCAACCCAUGCUCGGACACGCAGGCCGUAUGCGUGCCCUACGGCGCCAAUGAUUACAUGUGCAACUGUCCCAAUGGAUAUUCUAAGAGGAUUGGCGCUACAGAGGCACAGUCUACGUGCCAGGCAUUGCAAUGUUUAUUUCCCGGUCUCAACAAAUGCCAACAAAAGUGUACACCCGAUGCGACUGUUGUGGGUUUGGGAUACAAAUGCGAGUGCGGCGCCGAUUACACUCUCAAUGCCGAUGGAAAUACCUGCACCUGUUUGACGGAUAAACCCAAUUGUGUCGCUAAUAGCAAUACGUAUGUCAAGUCCUCCGGUGCUGAACCCGUUUGCAGGGAUGGCCUCAAAUUGAACGAAAAGAAAGACCAGUGUUUACCCAAUCACGAAUAUGACCCACGUGACAUAUGCGAGAAUGGUUUGGACAAAACUGUUCCCGAAGACCAACCAAUUAAAUGUCUAUGUGAGGGGCCAUAUGUGUUAAACACGGAGACAAAUACGUGCAAAUUGGCACCGAUUUGCGCACCGGACGCACCCGGCGGUAGUGACUGUAAGAUUAAAAACGGGUAUUGCGUUUACCAGAGCGAAGACAAUGCAAAAAAAUAUAAGUGUGUAUGCGAUGCGGCACAUGGUAUGAACGAUCUAGAUGUUUGCGUUAAUAAAUGCGACACAAAACUAACGGCCACACAAGCGUUGACGGGCAGUGAGGAGUGCCGAAAGGCUAACGCCCUGUCAUGUAAUCCACUAUUAUAUACGCCGGGAAUUAAACCAAACAUAUACUGCGAAUGCGAGUCCGGGUACGAGUGGAACGGCGACCGGUGUUCGCUCAUCGGAAACACCGGUCAGUUUAGCAUCGAGUUUAAGCCUAUGAUCGAACCGGUAUUACCCGAGUCGGGUAUUAAAGAACCGGUACAAACUCUACCAGGAGAAGUUGCGGCCAGUUUUAAUCCACUGUUUAGAUACGAUGUGAGUCUGGAGACGAGUUUCAAGUCGGACCUGAACAGGGCUGCGGCCACGAAUCAGGAUCGCUACAAUACUAUGGUCACAGAAUUCAGGAGACAGGCGUUGGAAUACUUUUUGCGCCAACAAUUGGCACAGAUGCUGGUGGAUUUUAAAUACAUUCAUAAAAGUAACGUAGAUCCAGACGACCCUUUAUGGACAAUUUAUGGACAGUCUAUACACGUUAAACAGUGUUCACUCGACGCAUAUAAAUGCGAUAUUGCCAUCACUUUAUUGGAUAACAUAGAAAAUAAGCAAAAUAUUGGAGAAUUUAUCAGAAUGCUUUGCGUUGACUCUACGACUGACAAUGAAUGUAAUUUGUUAAACGAGAUUGGUCCAAACACUGCCCCCAUAGAACCAUCCCUCACGACUGACGGCUACCGGUCUAGAGCUGGAACAGAUAAACCGCUUUUUUCAAUGGUCCUUGAUAAAACUAAAUUGACCAACACCAAACUUGGUGUCUACAAUAAUUGUGGAUCGGGAACAGAUUUAUGCGGUCAAUAUUCAAAGUGUAAAUCGGCCCCUGACUCGUCCCAAUACACCUGCGAGUGUCCCACCAAAGGGUUUAACAUUACUGGUUAUCGGGAAAUACCUGUAGUAGGAAAAACCUCGAUCAAAUUGCCAAUAUGCGGAUUGAAAGACAAUCGUUGCGACGACUGCCUAAAGAUAGACAAUAAUGAUUGCAAACAAUUGGCCCCAAAGUAUAUUGAAGCCGACGAUUUAUGGACAGCACCCGUACAUUGCGAGUGCAAGUCAGAGCAUAAGGUGAAGGGUGACCAGUGUGUCGGUGUGUGCGAUGGGGUUCAGUGUAAUCGUGGUAAAUGUGUGCCGAAGGGUAAGAAUGGUAACGCCUGUCUGUGCGACGGGGGUUGGAGUGGAGACAAAUGUGAGACAGAAAAGGCUGACCCACCCCUCGGCGGUUGGAUUGCCGGCAUCAGCGUAUUGGCUGUGGUGUGUCUCGUAUUGAUCGUGGUGGCUUUUAUAUUUUUUAAAAGGUAG